AGCCUGCCGUAUCAUCGACAACCUCGAAGCCUACUGCACAGCUCAACCGAGCAGCAUUCGGAGGUUUGGGCUUGAAAGGGUUACCUUUGAAAUCGGAACUUGUAAAGGGCGCUGGAACGAAAACUGCUAUGAUGGACGAUGUGACAGAGACUACACGUAAACUGGAAAAGCUGGAGGAUAUGCCAGCCAUUGACAUGAGCAUGCCUAACGACGAAAGCGUCGGCGAAAACCUUGAAGCUGACGAUGACGACGAAGAGGCGAACAAGUUAGAUGAAGAGAAGAAGGCGAUGGCGAAGGAUCGAAUGGAUGUCGAUGAGGGAGAUGAGUUCGACCCCUUGGAUGCUUUCAUGAGCGAGGUCAAACAGGAAGUCAAGAAAGUUGACGAAAUGGACUUACAAAAGAUGAUGGAAGACCCGAACUAUCGUCGGCGUCGCCUCGAAGAUCGUUUGGGUGAAGAGGGAGGUGAUGAAGAAGAUGUUGAGGUCAUCGCCGACGAACUUGACGCCACGGACCUCAAUCCAGAAGAUAUCCUCGCCCUUGCGGCUAAGAAGGCAAAGAAGAAGGAACUUGCAUCGGUCGACCAUUCACGUAUUGUCUAUGAGCCCUUCCGGAAGGAGUUCUACCGUGCUCCUCCUGAAAUCGCAGAAAUGACGGACGAAGAGGCAGAUUUGCUACGCCUGGAACUAGAUGGCAUUAAAAUUCGCGGAAUUGAUUGCCCUCGACCAAUCACUAAAUGGAGUCACUGUGGACUACCUGCCAGUUGUCUCGAUGUCAUAAAGAAACUCGGCUUUACCGGCCCUACUCCCAUUCAGGCGCAGGCCAUCCCAGCAAUCAUGUCUGGGCGUGACGUUAUUGGUGUCGCGAAGACUGGCUCUGGGAAGACCAUCGCUUUUCUUCUACCACUCUUCCGUCAUAUCAAGGACCAGCGCCCCCUUGAACCAAUGGAGGGUCCAAUGGCUAUUGUUAUGACUCCUACUCGCGAGUUAGCGACACAGAUCCAUCGUGAAUGUAAGCCAUUCCUAAAGGUUCUCAAUUUACGGGCAGUCUGUGCUUACGGUGGUUCGCCGAUAAAGGACCAAAUUGCAGAGAUGAAGAAAGGAGCAGAGAUCAUAGUCUGUACUCCAGGACGGAUGAUUGACCUCCUCACGGCAAACUCUGGACGUGUAACAAACCUCAAGCGGGUAACAUACCUUGUUCUUGACGAGGCUGAUCGAAUGUUUGAUAUGGGUUUUGAGCCCCAAGUGAUGAAAAUUGUGGGUAAUAUCAGACCUGACCGUCAGACCGUGUUGUUCUCUGCUACAUUUCCCAAACAAAUGGAUUCUCUCGCCCGAAAAAUUCUCAAGAAACCUCUUGAAAUCACUGUUGGCGGACGCUCAGUAGUGGCCGCUGAGAUUGAACAAAUUGUGGAGGUUCGCGUAGAAGAAACGAAAUUCCACCGUUUACUCGAAAUUCUGGGGCAGAUGUACAAUGAGGAUCCUGAAUGCAGGACCCUUAUUUUCGUUGACCGACAAGAGGCCGCGGAUAACCUACUCCGCGAGCUUCUUCGUAAAGGGUAUCUCUGCAUGAGUUUGCACGGUGGGAAGGAUCAAGUGGAUCGAGAUCAAACGAUCGCAGACUUCAAGGCUGGAUUUGUGCCUAUUGUCAUCGCGACGUCGGUCGCCGCUCGUGGGCUGGAUGUAAAGCAACUCAAGCUUGUUAUUAACUACGACGCUCCUAAUCACAUGGAGGACUACGUGCAUCGCGCAGGGAGGACAGGACGUGCCGGGAACAAGGGUACCUGCGUCACCUUUAUCACUCCGGAACAGGACAGAUACUCCGUAGACUUAUUUAGAGCACUUAGAGCUAGCAAUGCGAAGGUGCCGCAAGAAUUGGAAGAUCUAGCGAAUGGUUUCCUGGAGAAAGUUAAAGCCGGCAAGGCACAUGCUGCGGGCUCGGGCUUCGGUGGCAAAGGGCUCGAUAGAUUGGAUAAAGAGCGUGACGCCAAAGAGAAGGCGGAACGUAAGGCUUAUGGUGAAGGCGAUGACAAACCGGAGGAGAAGCCUGAGGAGGUGGCUGGUCCUGAUCCUGCUGCUGGAGCAGUAAAGACCGAGUCGAAGGAUGAAAUGACAUUUGGCAACUUCAAGGUUGAGAUCAAGCGAGGACCAGCACCAGACUCUUCAAAGGGUGUACUCGGCGUUGCAGGUGCCGCGGCGGCGGCGCGCAGACUUGCCCAAGCUAAAGAAGAAGAGAAAAUGCAGAGCUCGUUACGUGCUGCAGAGGAGGCCGCAGCCCGUGCAGGGAAAGACACAGCAGCUUAUAAACAAGCGCAGAGUGUUGUUUCGAAAUUAAAUGCACAGCUUCGUGUGGCACGGCUAGUCGCGCAAAGCCAGACCGCUUUCGAGGCGAAGGGCGGAUCCGUCAGUGCUCCCGAUGCGACAGACUUCCACGCUAUCAUUCCCAUCAACGACUAUCCUCAGAAAGCGAGAUGGCGUGUUACUAAUAAGGAGACUAUGGUGCAGCUCAUUGACCAGACGGGAGCCUCGGUUACAAACAAAGGUAUAUACUAUGAGCCCGGGAAAGAGCCGCCUCCAGAAGGUCCUCCAAAAUUACAUCUGCUCGUCGAAUCAAAUGAGGAAUGGAGGGUUGAGCAAGCAGUGCGGGAGAUCAAGCGCCUCCUUGUGGAAGCAUCUGCCGCCGCACUGCAGGCAGAAUAUCGUAAUCCGUCUGGAACGGCUGGUCGCUACAGUGUGGUCUGAAAAACUAUUUGCCCUUGUGGCGGUCCCUUGGCGGAUGUAUUUUUACCGGGCCGAAAUGUCAGGGACGGCGAUCGACUUGGCUUUGAGUCCGCUUUCUCCGAUCUCUAUUGACGUGUACAUAUUUGGCAACUGUAUUUCUUUGAUGGUCAUAUUUCUCGCUUUUAGAAGUAGAUUAGCUUAAUCAACCUCUGUGUUCUUCGUCUAUAUACAUGACGAAAUAGC